AGGGGAGUCGAACUAGAGGAUAGGAGCGGAGAUCGCAAAACCCUAACCCUAGCCCGGAGGUUCCUGCAGGCGGCAACAGAGAGGAGCUCUCAGAAAAAAAAAAAAAAAAAAACCCCAAUUUUUCCCGGGAAUUUUCGGUCACCAUGGUAAAUGUUCCAAAGACCAAGAAGACUUACUGCAAAAGCAAAGAAUGCGGAAAACACACCUUGCACAAGGUGACACAGUACAAGAAAGGAAAAGAUAGCCUUGCAGCCCAGGGGAAACGCCGGUAUGAUCGGAAACAGUCAGGCUAUGGAGGACAGACCAAACCCGUCUUCCACAAAAAGGCAAAAACCACCAAGAAGAUAGUGCUGAGGUUGCAAUGCCAGGGCUGCAAACACGUAUCCCAGCACCCAAUCAAGAGGUGCAAGCACUUUGAGAUCGGUGGCGAUAAGAAGGGGAAGGGCACUUCUCUAUUUUAGAUUGCAAAACCAGGCAAUUGCAAGGUCCAUCUUCCAUUUUUGUUAUGCUUUUGAGCUUUUCUAUUUGUUUUCAGCAAGAAAUACAAACAAACUUUGAUUUAUAGAUUUUUGUAGUUUUAUGCUGCCAUCAAAUUUGUCUGAUUAGGAUUAGUCUUAUCAAAGAGUGAUCUAGCUUGAACUUAUCCUGAAGAUUAGGUGGGUUUCCAACUGGAGAGUUGUUGGGAGCCUUUCCAUUAUUAGUUGGUUUUACAUUUGCUGCAAAUCCCAUAUAAUUGGUAAUUCUUGUAUGGCGUUUUGUAAGAUCAAUGGAUGAAAUGUAUCCAUUCCAUUGGUGGGGUAAAUGGAAUCCACGUUGGAAUGAAAGAGAUUUGAUGUCA